GAGAGAGGAGGUGAAGGGGGGGAGAGAGAGAGAGGGUAAUGAAAAUGAUGGCGACCGAUGCAGAGGAGAUAAGAAUCCAAACAAGCCCCUGUCCCAUCCCCGACAACAGUCUCAGCACUCUGUCCAUCAAAAUCACGCGGAAAAACCAGGAUAAACACUGGAAGUUGCGCUUUAUUUACCUGCAGUGCUAUUUCUUGACCAUUGCAACGAUACUGGGAACUGGAAUCUUAGGUCUUCCAGUAACGAUAGCCCAUGCUGGACUGGUGCCUUUCCUUGUCUCCUUUCUUGUUGGCUUCUUUGUCCAGGCCUUGCUUAUCUACUUGUUUGUGGAACUUCUUCAGAAAUGUCAGGUGAUGCAGCUAGAAUCUCUAAAGACAGGUGUGGCAGAGUGUAUUGUGAUGGAUCAGGUGGGUGUGGAGGAUCAAGCCCCCACAGAGGAAGAGGAGGAGGAUGAUGGUGAAAAUGCAGAAGCAGAUACAGGUUUACUGCAGCAGGAUGCAACAGCUCUACACAAUCAAGCUGAGAGCCUGCAGCCCAACCUUCAUCUGCUUGGCUACCUCUUCCUCUCCCGGCCUAUGAGCCACGCCUUCAACUGCAUCCUCCUCUUCCAGUUCAUUUCUAUUGGAAUUAGUUAUGUCUUAGCUGGCAGUGAGGCCUACGCUGCUAUUCUUAAUGUCAGACACAUCUAUAUGAUCCCAGCCUUCACCUGGAUUCUAACUCUUGCUAUCUUACUGGCCCACACAGUCAUCCAGCCAAUCACUUCACUGCUUACCCUGCUGAAAGGAAUCCUGCUCAUUGUCACGGUGGCUGUGACAUUUGCCGUAGGUUCAGAGGUCGGCCUUCAGAGCAGCAGUGACUUCAGUCAGAUGGGGAAACCUUUCCUAAUGGGCACAGUGGCUCUGGGAGGGAUUGUAAACGUGAUGCCUCUGCUCUUCUCACAGAUCUCACACAACAGAACACAGAUCCUGUGGUUUCGGAGAGCAGUGCUUGGAGGUCUGACAACCUGCACUGUGCUCAACAUCCUCUGGUGCUGGGCAGUGCUGGAAAUCGUGCCCCAAACAUCGAUACCAGAGAGGCGGCUGGCAGCUGAGACAACAACCCAGCCCGACCCUGCCAGCCUGUUUGGUCCUCCUCCCUCUGUCUCCCCUCUGCAGUACUCCAACAUCUCACUAGAAGAGUCUGAGAAAGCAGGAGAGAUUGCAACUAUUCCCCUGACCAAGAUUAUUAAUGAACGUUACAGGGCGUACUCCUGGGUGGCUGAGCUGAUCCAGGUGUUUAUAGCCAUCAGCGUCACUGUGUCCUUCCUGGUAAUGGGAUCUGCUAUGAAACACACCAUUGACGGUUUGGUGAGCUCGUUGUGGAGCAGCAGGCUGGAGUGGCUGUCUACAGCUUGGGAGCGAAACCUGCCAAACAAAGAGCACAUCUGCUCAGCGAGAAGCAUGGUGAAAGGAUUCAUGUCACUGCUCGCAUUCGUUGUCAUCUUUAUCGUGUCAGUGUGUGAUCCCAGGGGUUUUGUUGUCUUGUUGGACAAAGUUGUUUCGUUCUCUCUCAACACUGAAGUGGGACUGUUUGUCUUCAUCAUGUUGAGAGAGUCCAGAGAAGAUAGAUUCCAACACCUUGCUGUCCCUCUGCCAGUAGGUGACUGUGUCUUCAGCCUCAGUUGGCUGCUCCCCACCUACUUCCUGUUUGCAGUAACCUAUGACGUCCUGCAGACCCUGGCAGACGUGGCUCAUUACCUGCCUUUCUACAGUCACAGUCAGGAGCCACUCCACCACAAUGUGACUGAGAGUUUAACAGCAGCCAAUGUCUCCAUCCUGCUCUGAUCCUCAGGCAGCUACAUCACAGAUGGACCAGCAGGAAUUGAAGUUGCCAAAAACCAGAAGCUUUGCAAGUGCUUUUAUAUUGUAUUCACUCUUAGUAAGCUCUUGAUACAAUUUGAGCAUUUUAAAUAGAAGCAUCAUUUGCUUUGAAUGGCAUCUUUGGCCAUUUCUUGUGUUUUUGCACUCCACUUUUUUCAUGACUACUUAUCAAACAGGGCUCAUUUUCUUUGCCUCUUCAGCUAUGGUGGCCUCAGUGCUUUAUACACCUGAUGAAUUGCAGAGGUUUAGAGUUGAAUGCAUCUGGUCGCUGCUGUUGUAGAACUGUAAAUAUACAUUUUAUGGAAACACUAUAUAAUAAAGUAUAGGUUAAAUCACUAUCAAUGCUGUAUGCAGAGAAUAAAAAUGGAAUUUAUCUAAAUGACAAAGUCUAUUAUUAUGUUCACUUAUGCUUGAUUAUUAUGAAAUUAGUCAAUUUAACAGCUAUCUAUUUACUGUUUGAGUGAAGUGGUCCCUUAAAAAUGCACCGUGGACCAUUUUUAUACUGAUCAUGUGACCGCAGAUGAGCCAGCAGAGGGAGCUGUUUGUUCUCCAUUCUGUAUCAGUAUGCGCAAUGAAACAUUAAGUUCAGAUCAGUCCGUUCACAUGCAUGUUCACACAUCAACUACUGAUGGGCAUGAUCCCUCUCUAUUUAUCCUCUCAACACAAACAAGCUUCGUUUUCAAGUUAGAAAAUGACUAAACCUAUAAAGUUACAGAAUUCUUUUAUUCAGUUUGUUUUUUGUUUUGUUUUUUUUGCAUAAUGAUGAUGUUUCAUCUUGCCCUAUUAGCAAAUGUUCCCAAGUUUAGGACCCAGCCCAGUCGCCAGAGGAAAAUGUUGGCAUUAUACAUUUCUGCAAACCAUAUGUUAGAUUUGUGUGUUUGUUUCAUAUAAAAAUUUCUAACAUGACGUAAUGUAUGUGCUGACUCUUGGCAUCCAGAGGUGGAGGUGGAUGGCAUGUCAUCUAGGCAAGA